AUGAACAAUGCACCGGGAUCAGAGCAGCUUGAGCGGCAGGACAGGAGCCGACAGGAGGAGCAAAGGCACGACGAUGGUAGCGUCGGCAGUGAUAAGAGGCAGCGCGCUCAUCUGCGCACUCGCACUCGCACUCGCACUCGCGCUGGACUCGUCCGCUUGCUGCAACAUCUGAAACCGGAAAAGCAAGGCAUAGAGCCGCUAUCGCUAACGCUACCACGUCCACCUCAGAACAGCAGCGACAUUCUCCAACUCUUCUACCUCUGGUCCAGCGCAAAUCUCAACAUUCUCUCCUUCUCCACCGGCGCACUGGCGCCAACUCUGGGCUUGGAUAUGCGAUCCAGUCUGAUCUGCAUUCCGCUUUGGGUAGCCCUCUUCAGCUUGGUGCCCGCUUAUGUGGCCACGUUUGGACCGGCUACCGGUCUGAGACAGAUUGUGUUCUGUAGAUACUCUUGGGGCUACUACGCCACGGGCGUCAUCAUCGUGCUCAGCUGCGGUGAGUCGAAGUGGGUGGUCAAUUGUGAUGCACUACGAGGGUGUGAUCUCUCAAGUGCAACGCAUUCCCAGCGCCAUGCUUGCUGACAUGCUGAUAGCGCAUGCGCCUUUUGCACCGCUCAUAAUCAGCCACGCAGCUGGGCUACAGCAUUCUCAACACCAUCCUUGGAGGUCAGACUCUACGCGCCGCCUCUUCCUCCCUCUCCCUCUCCCUCAACGCCGGCAUCAUCCUCUCCGUCCUGCUCUCCCUCCUCAUCUCCUUUUCAGGCCUACACAUCCUCACCCUAUUCGAGCUUUACGCCUGGAUCGUUGUCUUGCCCGUCCUCAUCGCUUUGCCUGCUGUGGCCGGAACUGGAGCUGCGGGCCUGCACUUGCCGGUAGAAGUGCCGCUCACCACGCAGGAGAGAGCCAGAGCGGUCUUGGCUAUGGGAGCUGUGCUUGCUGGCUACGUCAUCACUUGGUCCGUGAGUGUCACCUAAUGCAACAGGCCAAGCGUGUCCGCGAAGAGCGCUGAGUGGAUGCCAAUCUGACUCUGGGACGGCGCAUUUCGCAUCGGGCUCCAUGGUUGAAAAAGACAAUGUCUUGUGGUGAGUGUCGUUCUGACCAAGGAGCCGCACGAGCACGAGCCCCAAACGCUUACUCCAUGACGAUGGUCGGCUGAUGCAUCUUUCUGCAGACGUCACGCGACACUUGCGUCCAAGCACCCCGCGUCGCCUCCUCUUUCUCUCCGUCUACCUCGGUUUUCUCCUCUCCACCGCUCUGACGAUGGUGCUAGGGGCCUCAUUUGCGCACGCUUCUCAAGACAUUCCAAUCUGGUCCGAAGCUCUAUCCAUCUCUUCAGGACAACUCGUGCGCGUUGCGCUCAAGGACGGAGCGGGGGCUAGGUUCGCCAAUGUCAUCCUAGCGCUCAGCACGGUGGGCAAUGUGGCGCUCACUUUUUAUUCGUUUGGAUUGAGCUUUAUGAGCUUGCCCCGAGUGUCGCUGGGCAGAACGAUGGGGAGCAAGGUCGAGUCGAAGCGCGACGAGCGGAUGGAGAGGGAGGAAGCAAGAGACCAUGCUGGCAAAGAUCAAAGCCAUCAGGCCUCGUCAACUUCCGAAGCGGACGCGUCACUGGCAAAAAGAGCGACAAGGCUGAUGAAGCGCCUGCAGCAUCAGCUUCCUCGUUUCAUCUAUCCCGUCCUCGCCACUGCUAUCGUUCUGCCCCUCUCCAUCGUGGGAGCUAAUCAGUUCAGUCAGACAUUGACCAACUUUUUGAGCAUCAUUGGCUAUUGGGCUGCUCCUUUUUGCGCGACCCUACUUAUGGAACAUUGGAUAUUCAAGAUGCCCGAUGCUAGGCGACGAGCGAGAGGCAGGCUUGUGGAGCACGUGGGGGAGCGCGCGCUGGGGCAAGAGAGCAAGCCGUCGUGGCAGGUGCCAGCAGGACAAGACCAGAGUGAGAGCGCCGCAGCGGAUCAGAACGAGUCUGGGAGCGCGAAUCACAAUCACGAUGCGCAGAUGCGGGAGGCGGAGGUGGAAGCGGAUAGUCUGGAUGCACCAUUAGCACUGGCCUACCCUCAAAGCAUCUAUGCAAAUCCCAACAAACUGCCGACCGGACUCGCUGCGCUAGCCACUUCCGUACUGAGCGUGGCGAUCAUGGUUCCCUGCAUGGACCAGGUCUGGUUUGCUGGACCAUUAGCACGACGAUCUGGAGAUUUGGCUUUCGAGGUCGGCUUUGCUCUCUCGAUUGUGCUUUAUCCGCCCAUCAGAUUGGUGGAUAGGCAUUGCUUUGGUAGAUAG